AUGUCUGACUCUACAGUUCAGGCAGAUCAGAAGCCAAAUACAGGACCAAGCACACGAGCCCCGAAGCCCGCUGCCUUCAUAUGGGACAAGAAUCAAAACGCCCCAGGUUAUACAUCACCUGUGAGAUCAUCCGAACCCCUUCGAACAUCAAACCAUGAUUCAACUAAGUACAUGAUACACCCCUCGUCGCCCGAAAGCUCAUCGUAUCUGCCGCCCCGUAUAUAUUCCCCUGCCUCUCAGAUAUUCGAACGAGAUGUGCAGGAAGAUAUAGUGCAAGCACAGGCGUCGCCUUCGAUACCGGCGCACAUUCGAACCGACAACUAUAUUCCACCUGUCCUAGAAGCAUCCUCAGCCGCGAUCACAGAUGAUCGCCUCGAUCCAGAUUUGGUCGAGAUUGUCACACACGGCCUACAUCAGUCAGCGGGUGGUCCAUCGGGGGAGCAAUUGAUGUCACCCUCGGGCAUCGACCAUCUCUUGGGACAGUCCGACGGAGAUGAACCCUCGUCUAGCUACGGAGCACUAGACACGACAGAUGUACGUCGGCUGAGCUUCAUUUCCUUUGCCGACGUUGUCAACGCCGAGCAUGCAGAAGCAAAUGAAGCUCAUGCUGGCGUAAAACCUCGGGACCGCUUUGGAGAUUCCAAACAAUACCCGUCUGCACUGCGCUCUCCGUCUUCUUCGCAUGGACUCGGCACUUCGCCGCCAACAAGCAUUGCGACCUCCUUCAGAGGGCUUGAUAUGUCUCCCACUUGGUUCCCCAUUACUAGUGCUGCCCAAAGCCCGGUCUCUUCCAGUUUUGGGGGAGACCUCAAUGUAGAGACCAUGCGCCAGGCUUUGAGAAAAACCGCCAGCGGAGACCUGGGCAUCACAAGCCGGGCGGUGAGUACUACAAGCGAUGACCUGCUAGAUCGUACAUUUUAA